AUGGAAGCCAUGUUGAAUACUGGCUUCUCCCUCUCCUACCAUGACCAAGUUCUCAGCUCCCUUCUACCACUCUUCCCUCCUCCUACAUCACUUUCAAAGUCCCCACACAUUCACACCCUUGCUUGGCUGCUUGUCACCCUCAAUAAACUGUCGCUUGUCACUCCCUUCCUGACAUCUCUCAUUCCAAAGGACAGACUUCUGGCAUAUCAAUUCACAUUCAACUUGGUUGAGGGAGGUGCUCGGGACUUCUUGCAGGGGGUUAAGGCCAUAUUGCCUGAGGGCAAGGAGGAUGUUCUUGAAGCACGGAUGUCUAUAUACCAUACUGCUAGCCAAUCUCCCCACCCUCCUCUAAUCUGCCCCCACCCUCAGUGCUCACCAAUGCUGGAGCGAUCCUGA